CGCGCACGGUCCUGGGUUCCCGGCGAGGAGGCCGCGGGAGCACCCGGACCCGGCCCGCCUGCCCGGCCCCCGCCCGGCCCCCGCCCCGGCCCCGGCGGGGGAGGGGUCUCUGAGCGCGACCCCUCCCCCCUGCGCCCCCACCUGCGUUGCGAUGCCCGGGUCCCCGCGUGGCCCUGUCUGUCUGUCCGUCUGUCCGCGCCCAGGCCUCGCCCCACCCUGGCCCUAGAGCUGCCCGGCUGCCCCCCUACCCGCCACAGCAGACCCUCUCUUUCUGGGGCAGUCUCCUCGGCGGGCCACGAACCCAGCCGCGCCAUUGCUGCCCGAGACCCUGGGCCGGCACCCCGAUAUCGGGGGCGCUUGCAGCCGGCGAUCGGAUCCAGAUAUUCUGAAACCCCCGAGCGUGGGACCUUGAUUUGGGAUCAGCACCCUGAGCUCCUGCCAUGGAACCAUAAGAGUCGGACCUUGAACCUCAAUAUCUGGGGCUGGAAUCCCGACAUCCGUCCCUGGGACCCCAAGAUUUGGAAACCGAGCCCCGAGAUUUUGGAGCAUGGACCCCAAUAUUUGGACCUGGGACCCCCAAGAUUUGGUAUCUAAGCCCCCAAAUUUGGAGCUGAACUCUGAAUUAUCUGGCUGAUGCGUUGACACCUGGGAGCAAAUUCCCAAAUCUAUACCUGAGACCCCACUAUUUUGAGAAAUAAGCCCUGGGAUUUAGGCCUUCAAUUCCAAGAUCUGAACUGUGGGAUUCUGAGGGGCCCGAAGUCCUUGCUGCAGACCCGAGUGCUGAAAUCUGGGGCUAGAGACCUCCAGGUCUUGACUCAGCACCCUAGUAUCUGAACAGAAUCCCAAUUUCAGAUGCCAGGACUGGACUUGGGAUUCAGACCCUAAAAUUCCCCAUCUGGCUGUUUGGUACCUCAAGCCUGGCCCUGAGAGAGCCUGAUGCUAAAGAACCACUGGGGCCUUGGUCUCUAAAAGUGGACGCUAGAGGCCCAGUUUUAGUGGUCUGGGACCCCAAGAAUCAAGUUUGGAAACUUCAUAACCUUAGACUGUACCUCGGACAAGACUGUUCCUUCCCAGAGGCCCUGAGGACAAGGAAGGUUUGACCAGAUGCCCCCUCCAGAGUUCUGACCUCACCCCCUUGGAGCCUGAGGACUCUGCUCCCUGGGGUGGCUUCCAGUUCAGGCCACCCCUGCCCGCGAUGGCCGUCCUUCCACUACUCCUUUGCCUGCUACCGCUGGCCCCUGCCUCAUCUCCACCCCAGCCGGCCACAUCCAGCCCCUGUCCCCGCCGUUGCCGCUGCCAGACCCAGUCACUGCCCCUAAGCGUGUUGUGCCCAGGGGCGGGCCUUCUGUUCGUACCACCAUCACUGGAUCGCCGCGCGGCAGAGCUGCGCCUGGCAGACAACUUCAUCGCGGCAGUCCGUCGACGAGACCUGGCCAACAUGACCGGCCUGCUGCAUCUGAGCUUGUCUAGAAACACUAUCCGCCACGUGGCAGCUGGCGCCUUCGCCGACCUACGUGCCCUGCGUGCCCUGCACCUAGAUGGCAAUAGACUGACCUCGCUGGGCGAGGGUCAGCUUCGAGGCUUAGUCAACUUGCGCCACCUCAUCCUGAGCAACAACCAGCUAGCAGCCCUGGCAGCUGGUGCCCUAGACGACUGUGCCGAGACCCUGGAGGACCUCGAUCUCUCUUAUAAUAACCUUGAGCAGCUGCCCUGGGAGGCUUUGGGUCGCCUGGGCAACGUCAACACAUUGGGCCUUGACCACAAUUUGCUGGCUUCGGUACCCGCUGGAGCCUUUUCCCGCCUGCACAAGUUGGCACGACUGGACAUGACCUCCAACCGCCUAACCACCAUUCCUCCUGACCCACUCUUCUCCCGUCUGCCACUGCUUGCCCGGCCUCGAGGCUCACCAGCCUCUGCUCUGGUGCUGGCCUUUGGGGGAAACCCCCUCCAUUGCAACUGUGAGCUGGUGUGGCUGCGACGCCUGGCUCGGGAGGACGACCUCGAGGCCUGUGCCUCGCCACCUGCCCUGGGGGGCCGCUACUUCUGGGCAGUGGGUGAGGAGGAGUUUGUGUGUGAGCCACCCGUGGUGACCCACCGCUCACCUCCCCUGGCAGUGCCCGCAGGUCGGCCAGCUGCCCUGCGAUGCCGGGCAGUAGGGGACCCAGAGCCACGAGUGCGUUGGGUAUCACCCCAAGGUCGGCUGCUGGGAAACUCCAGCCGAGCUCGUGCCUUUCCUAACGGGACCCUGGAGCUACUGGUCACUGAGCCAGAAGAUGGUGGCACUUUCACUUGCAUUGCAGCCAAUGCCGCUGGCGAGGCCACUGCCGCUGUUGAGCUGACCGUGGGUCCCCCUCCACCUCCCCAGCUAGCCAAUAGCACCAGCUGUGACCCCCCGCGGGACGGGGAACCCGAUGCCCUCACCCCGCCCUCUGCGGCUUCGGCCUCCGCCAAAGUGGCAGACACCGUGGCCCCUACCGACCGUGGUGUCCAAGUGACUGAGCACGGGGCCACAGCAGCUCUUGUCCAGUGGCCAGAUCAACGGCCGGUCCCAGGCAUCCGCAUGUACCAGAUCCAGUACAACAGCUCGGCCGAUGACAUCCUUGUCUACAGGAUGAUCCCAGCGGACAGUCGCUCCUUCCUGCUGACCGACCUGGCGUCAGGCCGCACCUAUGAUCUGUGUGUGCUCGCGGUCUUUGAGGACAGUGCCACCGGGCUGACAGCCACGCGGCCAGUGGGCUGCGCUCGGUUCUCCACGGAGCCCGCACUUCGGCCUUGUGCUGCACCGCACGCACCCUUCCUGGGCGGCACCAUGAUCAUCGCACUGGGAGGUGUCAUCGUCGCUUCCGUUCUGGUCUUCAUCUUCGUGCUGCUUCUACGCUACAAGGUGCACGGAGGCCAGCCGCCCGGCAAGGCCAAGGCCGCGGCACCUGUCAGCAGCGUUUGCUCCCAGACCAACGGAGCCCUCGGGCCUGUGCCCAGUGCGCCUGCCCCUGAGCCUGCUGCACCCAAGGCCCAUACUGUGGUCCAAUUGGACUGUGAGCCCUGGGGGCCCAGUCACGAACCUGCAGGACCCUAGCCAAGGGCCCACCUCUAUGGUUCCUCUGGCCCCAGGGACACCCCUUGGGACCCGGCCUCAGACUCACCAAAUUGCUCACGGUUUUUAAAACUCUGAUGGGGAGGGUGUCGGGGGCACUGGGGCACAACAAGAAAGUCCUAUUUUUCUAA